UUCGAUACUACGAAGAAACGCUUUAGAAAGGAUUCCAAUGCUUGACUGACACAUACAAGCUGCAUUUUGCUUGCGCCGUCAAACAAGGCAUCCUGAUCUUCCUUGAAGCAUGGUAACAAACACUCAGCGCCUGAUUUUCAUUUACCUCUCAGUCUGUGUUCUGCUGUCCGUUGGAUUUGAAGUCAAAUAUCUAAGAUAUUGCGGACCACCAGACAAAACCUUCAAGUACAAAAUUACGCCAUGGCCCGAGCUGAAGCCCGGUAAACCAGCAAAUGUUACGGUCUCUUUCACUCCCGUUGUAGACAUCUUUUCAUCAACACUGCAGUUCGAACUGAUCUCAGAAAACGACGGACACAUCAUAUUCAGAGAAGCACCGAGCAUGCAAUGCAAUAAAUGGCCCCAAAUUUGUAAUUUAGCAAAAGGAGAAACCUAUACCUUGAAAUACAACUACGAUGGUAUUAGAGCUGUUCCUCCUGGCUUAAAGGGAACCGUCUAUGGCAAAGGUGAACUCUACAAUCAAGAUCAAGUUAUGUGGACCUGUUUGGAGGGAGAAGCAGUUUUGUAAACAAACAACCUUAUUUACAAUUCAUUGUAAAUACAAUGAAUUAAAAAGUGUAGCACUAUUCUUGUUUCAAAAACUCGUUAAGCAUCUUUGUUUUAAGAUUUUUCUUAAAGUUUACUGAACAAUUAAGAAGCGUAGUAAUGAGUUCUUUCAAUUAAGAAGCGUAGUAAUGUUUUGCUGCAGCAUUCUCAAGUUUUCAAAAUUACACGUUACCCGUAGUAAACAUCCACAGUUUUCUGAAGUUUUCGUCUCAGCUGCCUUAGAAAAAACGAUAGGACUGAAAAAUCGCGAGGCGGAGGAGAGGGGGACAUGUUACUGUUGCAGUGGCGAUGUAACACAUGUUUUUGCUUAUAUGCUUGCUUAUUCUAUACGUAGAAGGCCCAGACUUUUAACAAUUCAGAAUAAAAUGUGCUUAGAUCUGUUACGUUACAGGCACUCAUAA